AAUUCAAAACUUGAAGUUCAAGAUUCACAUUCUAUUCCUUUGCUGGCUACUCGAAAGUCUGACUUUGUAUUUAUUGCAAAAGGGGAUCCUCUAAAUGCAUUACAUGUCGUCGCCGUUGGAAAAACCCGAACAGAAUCGAUAAAUUUGAAUCGAGUACAAAAAAACGGAACCUCGAGCAAUAAAGCAAAGGAGAAACAACCAUCAAAAUCGAGAUCACGCAGUCGAGAGCAGCCGCCGAGAAUUCCUUUCCUGAACCGUCUGGCGAAUGGGCACCGCAUGACAUCACAAAAUGAAUUUAGUGACGAAGCUCUGCUUCUAUUUGGUAAUGGAGAUGGCGGCGGCGGACCACUUGCAUCAAUGCUCGAAUGGCUUUACUGA